AUGACAGGCUCUCCUACGAGUUCGCGGCCUCACUUGAGUCGCAUGGUGCGGUCUCCGCCAGGUCGACUAUCUGAGUUGCCGCAGACGUCGCCAGAGCAGAUACUUUCGCCAAGACAAAAGGUGAAGACGCCGGAGCAGCAAGGCGAGAGACAACGCGCACAGAGCAGCAACGCCACCGCCUCAGGUGAGAUCCGGCCAGAGAUUAUGCGCGUUAUUUCGGGCACGGAAGAAGAGAAGCUGGAGAAGCUGAAAGAAGCGGUAAACGCGAAGUUGGCUUUGCAGCAGCGCAAAAGAGGCAGCUAUGGAGGGAAGAGAGUGUCGCCCAUCAGGGAGGAAGAUAAUCAGAUGAUAUCUCCCUCGCUGAAUGCUGCAUUCGCCAGCCCCGUGGAACCUGCUCCUCGACCUCUCUCAACCGACUCUACAGAAUCCACAGAGUCCACAGGCUCGUCACGAACAGUACGCGCUAGCUUGCCUCCCACUCCUGCCGAAGGCCGACCACUUCGGACGCCUUCGUAUCCCUUCCCUUAUGUGCCAGGGACGCCGCGCACAUGGUCUUCGAAUUUUCAUCAGCCUUUCACGGCACUGUCUCCUACAACGACUAUGAACGCGGGCCUAGAUGACACGCCGGGUCAACGCAGUGUCGAUGUGACGUCCGCCGGCAGCACGCCCGGCGUGCAAGAUUUUGCACCGCCCGGGGUCGCGCCACAUGGUGUGGAAGAUCCGCGCUUUCCCACGCCGAAUCUCUACGACCUGGUGUUGCAGCUGAAUGCCGAGCCUGGCAUUGAGCAGUGGUGGGCCACGGUUACUAAUCUCAUGCAUGACUUCUACAAGGCUGAGCGUGUGACGCUUGUUGUACCGAUGGACGCCACUGAUAUCGAGAAUGUGCCGUGGGGCCAGAAAGCAACGUUCAGUAUGUACGGUCGCGAAGAGUUUGUGCCACAUGGCACAAUUCUUGAGCAAGUCUCACAAGCAGACGUCAAGGAAGCUUCUACCGACGCUCUAGCGGACUGGCAUAUGCAGAAAUUGCACCCUGAGAGGCUUGGACGGCCAAGGCUGGAGUCUCGCCACUCAUAUGCUGGGCCGCCGCCGAAACGGGACGCGCCACCUACAGUCUAUGAAGCUACAUUGCGUUCUGCCAGACCCCGGGGUCCUCAGCGGACCGUCACACAUGCCGGCAUGUUCGGAAGCCGAGCACAGAGUCGAGGUCUACCCCAUCGCUACCCAUCUACGAGCAGUGUCCGCCAUACUUCAAUCAGCGAUCCCGACUUCAGUAGCAUCGCAGGAGGCGUUGACACUGGACCGUAUGCCGAAGUCUUUCAAACGCUUCGAGCACUCGAUCACGAAGCACGACCACUGAUCGAGUCUGGUGGGGUGAAUCGUGUACUCGACCGAGGCAGAGUUGUUACCAUCACCAGAGACUACAGCUCGGACCCGUCCGACUCCAGUAACGGCCCCAGCUCGGGUACGACAUCCAGAGCGAGUAAUCUGCCAGACACAACACCUGUGGAGAACGCCAGCGUUUCUGCGACCAGACAACUCUUCGGCAAUUAUCGCACCAAUGCUUUCGCUUCAGAGAAUGCUUUCGGCUUUCAGCGUGACUACGAGGAGUAUGAGCAAUACCCGCAAUCUCCCUGGGCACAAUCGCCUGCGCCGUCACCGGCCAUUCAAGGUGAUGAGGAGAGUAAUCCUUUCUUCGCCUCUGAAGAACAAGAAGUGGAGGACUCGUUCAAUCCUGCAAACAACACGCCCAGGGACUACUCGCAAUAUAACCAGGUGGAAGCCAUAGGGGUGGACAGCGCAAGUACUGUCAUACAUGUCCCGCUUGUUCAUCCCACGCUUUCACAACCCAUGCAAAGCCUAAGGAUGAGACAGCCGAGAGACCAUCCCGGUAUGCCACAGAGGAGUAACACCCUCGACAUGGAACGGAAAGCGCCUAUCGCAAUGCUCUCUAUCCUGAGUCAGACAGUACCGUAUCCGCAUAAUCUGACGCAGUCACUGAAGUUGCUUGCACCGCACUUGGCGACAUCAUUCUCCACAGCGCAGCAAUUCUCGGCAAGCCAUCAACAGGCCAUUACGAUUCGUCACAGAAGGACUGCAUCUGGCCACAAUGUUAGCACGGCACCGAUGACCAUCGAGCCAGCCUCUCUCGAAGACAUCGUGAACGCCGAGCUCGAGGAGCCUCCGGGCUCAAUCUCCGGUGGCAGCAUCACGAGUCCGUCAGACUAUUCUGGUCGUUCUCGCCACAGCCCCACCAGCUCCAUUGUCGGCACACCAGGAUGGGACCCUGCUUCCCAUGGAUGGUCUAACAGCCGGUCUGUUACAGGCACCCCAGCGAUGACCGGUUCGGAGAUCGUUCACGACUAUUUCGACCAAAAACGAACUCAUCGUACCGGACACAGGAGUGGUAGCCAGACGAGUCAGUCGGCACACACAACGCCAGCAAAAGCGUCGGCGAGAUUUGUUGAAGAAGAAAGCAAAGUUAGUGCGCGGAAGGCGUCCCCUGCAACCAAAGACGAUCAUAAGAGCUCACAAAGCGAACAAAGGCUGAGGGCAGCCAAGUCCGUAAGAGACGAGAAAUCUCCAAUGCGAGUGGUGCGGGCGCAGAGUCCUACACGACAAGCCGAAGUCGCGUCGCCGCAAAGACCAGCGAUGCAUUAUGCGGUGUCGCAACAUAACGAAUCAACCGCAGCGGAUGCGUUUCGACGCCACUCGCUGCUGCACUCUUACGGCGCGAACUACGAAUCAUCCUUCGGGACAUUACCGGCGAGUCUCAACGCGGAAAACACGCCCUUGAGCGCAGCCGGGCAUGCGCGUAAGGCGUCGUACUCUGAAGAUAUGCCUCCGCCGUCUGAACGCCUGCUCCGCACCAUCAUCGACUCGGUUCCAGUUCAGAUUUUCACCGCGAAGCCCGACACCGGCCAGCUAUCUUGGGUGAACACCAAGUUCCUGAUAUACAGAGGUCGCGAACCGUAUCAGGUGCUUAACGAGCCCUGGCAAGCCAUCCAUCCAGAUGACCGGGCCGAGUUCAUGGCGAGCUGGCAACGCUCGCUGCGGACUGCGCAGCAAUUGCAGCAAAAGGUGCGCCUAGAGCGCUUCGACGGAAGCUUUCGGUGGUUCUAUGUCAGAGCGGCGCCGCUGAAGGACAAGCGUCAGAAGGUCGUCCACUGGAUAGGGACUAUGAUGGACUUUCACGAGCAACACCUUGCCGAGCUGAAUGCGACACGGCAGCAGGAAACGGCGGCCUCGGAAGCCAAGUACCGCACGCUUGCGAACUCAAGCCCGCAGAUCGUUUUCGCCGUGAACAGGAGCAAAGGGGUUACCUUUUGCAACUCGCAAUGGCUGCAUUACUCCGGCCAAACGGAGGCGCAAGCACUCGGUCUUGGCUUCAUGGACCAUGUGCAUCCAGACGAUCUUGUCAAGUGUAAAUUGCCUAGCUUUGAUGACGACUCUGGUAAGCCGACGAAUGUCCCGACCUCUGUACCUACGGAGCUCAAGCGGACGCCCACGAACUCUGCGAGCUCCUCAAGCGGGUCCUCCGAGACUGAGCGAGGUGUGAACAGCUCCGAGUCUUCACCACUCCAGACCAUGCCGCAGCGGCAACUCUCUGAACUCGCAAGUACAGGUAUACUCAAGGUCGCGCGUGACGUUGACGGCCGCCCUUUUUACUCGACCGAGGUACGCCUGAGAUCAAAGGAAGGCGAAUACAGAUGGCACCUCGUACGUGUCCUGCUCGCGGAGCCGCUACUGCAGCAGACCGAAGACGAGGAGACGUGGUACGGAACGUGCACAGAUAUCAAUGACCACAAAACGCUCGAACGCGAUCUGAAGGAGACCAUGGACGAGAAGUCACGCUUCCUAAGCAACAUGUCGCACGAAAUACGAACUCCGCUCAACGGUAUCACGGGCAUGGUCAACUUCCUUAUUGACAGCAGUCUUUCGGCCGAGCAGAUGGAGCAUGUCAACAUCAUUAGAGCAAGUACCGAAGGUCUACGCGGCUUGAUCAACGACAUACUAGAUCUUAGCAAGGCCGAGGCGGGCAUGAUCCAGCUCAGUAUGGACUGGAUGUACGUCCGAGCGCUUAUCGAGGAGGUCAACGACUUGACAUCCGCCAUGGCGAUUGACAAAGGUCUUGAGCUGAACUACAUCGUCGAGGAGGACGUGCCCACACAGAUCAAGGGCGAUCGCUUCCGCAUACGGCAGAUACUCCUGAAUGUCAUCGGCAAUGCGAUCAAGUUCACACAACAAGGCGAGGUGUUUGUGCGGUGUAGCGUCUUGACUCGCUCAGACGUCGAGCUGGCGAAGAAUGAGAUGCUCAUUAAGUUCGAGGUUGUGGACACCGGUCGAGGAUUCACAGAAAAAGAGGCGGAGUAUCUGUUCAAGCGCUUCAGCCAAAUCGACGGCAGCAGCACGCGCCAGCACGGAGGCACUGGGCUAGGUCUUGUCAUCUCUCGGCAGCUAGCCCAGCUGCAUGGGGGUGACAUGAGCGCUAAGGGAGUUCCCGGCAAAGGCUCAACGUUCAGCUUCUAUAUCAAGACGACUUUGCCGUCAAGAUUCGACCAGCCACCAGCGCCGCCGCCUACACCGGGUCUGAUGACUAUGUCGAGUCUGCCAGGAUUCCCAGGCCUCGCAUCCACGCCGCUAAGCAUGCCAAGACUGACAAAGAUCCCCUCUCUUCCGGAUCAACCACGACCGUCUCCGAGGUUCGCGAGUGAAACGACUUCAACCCCUUCGCCAUAUAUGUCGCCAGACCUUGGACGGCCGUCGCCAGCCGCUUCCAUAUCUUCAGCCAGCUCGGAACCUUCGAUACUCUCUGCAGCACGCACAAGCAGCCUCAAGUCCGAACGCUCAUCGGCGUCCUCUUACGUGCCGGAUCCGGCCUUUACUGGACCCACCGUAAGCCUCUCUCUGCCGGAUCACCGCAAGUCUGACUCUCCUUCUGGAGCCUCUGAACAGUCAGUCGACACUGUGCGACGCAUAUCUACGCCGGACAUUGUUGGCCAUCUGUCGCCAGGUGGUAGCAUGGUGCCACCGCUGUAUUCCAUAUUGGUGAUCUGUCCGCUCAAGUACAGUCGCGAGGCUACCGUGCAGCAUAUUGACAAGACCGUACCGAAGAACGUGCCGCAUUCUAUCACGGCACGAGAACAUCUGCUCGAGUGCCAGAAGAUGCUGGGUGGCGAAGAUCCAGUCAUAUUCACGCAUAUCGUCGUGGUCCUGCAGGAUGUGGAAGAGAUUACUGCACUCAUGGAUCAGAUACUGUCAUCGCCUGCACACUCUGGCACCUCCAUUAUUAUCAUCACGGAUCUUGCGCAAAAGAGAAAGAUUAUCGAGCAAGCACCACGGUACAACUACGAAGCUCUUACAGAGGAACGGCGGCUACGCUUCGUUUUCAAGCCGCUCAAACCUUCGCGCUUCGCCAUCAUCUUUGAUCCACAGAAGGAGCGUGAGAUGAGCACAGACCGCAACCAAGAUAGCGCGCAGCAAGUGGCUGUCAAUCAGAAGCAGGUGUUUGAAGAGCUUACGGCGCGUCUGGGCGACAAAGGGAAGCGGGUGCUUCUUGUUGAGGACAACAAAGUCAAUCAGAUGGUUAUUCUCAAGUUUUUGAAGAAAGUCUCUAUCCCAGCCGACACUGUGAUGGACGGCGUGCAAUGCACGGAGAAGGUGUUCGCCCAACCCCACGGCUACUACUCCAUCAUUCUCUGCGACUUGCACAUGCCGAACAAAGACGGCUACCAGACGUGCAAAGAGAUCCGCCGUUGGGAGAAGAAGAACAAGUACCCAUACUCACCGAUCAUCGCACUGAGUGCCAACGUGCUGGGUGACGUGUACCAAAAGUGUGUGGAGGCUGGAUUCAACAGCUACAUGACGAAACCGGUGGAUUUCAAGGAGUUGGCUCAGGUAUUGAUGACGUUCAUGGAUCCUAGCGAUCCCACAAAACCGUUUGAGCUUAUGAAGGGAAAGAGAAUGACAGGCGCUUCUCAGCGCUAG